AUGAAGAGAGACUUUGCAGAGCGUAAGGAGGAGGUGCGUAUAGACAAGACGGUGUUUCCUGGCCAAACUGAAGUGAAAGUGGACAUCACGUACUUGCGCUGGCUGUGGUGGCCUGCCAUUCUUUACCUAUUCUGGAGCAUGGCUCACGUUUGCGACAUCCACUUUGUCCGGACAAUUGAAGUGAUCUGCGAGCGCUUUCACAUCCCGGACGACGUGGCCGGGGCGACGCUGAUGGCCUUGGGCUGCAAUGGCCCGGAGCUGGCCCUGAACACCAUCAACAUCUUCCAGCCCUCGAGCAUCGGAGUGGGCGCAGUGGUGGGUGGGGAGGUCUUCAAUGUGCUUGUCAUCAUCGGCACGGCGGUACUUGCAACCCCUGACGAGUACCUGCCCCUCAAGUUAAGCCGUCCCAGCUUUUUUCGGGACGUGUCCUUCUACGUGCUCUCCGUGCUACUGCUUUUUUGGGCGCUGCACGAUGGGGAGGUUUCCCGAGUGGAGUCCCUGGUCCUGCUGCUGGGGGGCGUUCUCUACGUCCUCUCAGUGAUCUUCACCGCCCGGAUCUGGCACUUCCUCAAUCCCCCAGUUGUAGCUCGCGAGACGCUGCAGCCGUUGAUGGACGAGAACCACCGGCAGUGCACCAAGGAGAAUCUGAAUGCCUGGGGAGCAGCCGGAGAUGGCGUUGAGCCAACGGGCGGCACACUCCUGAGUAUCCGGGCGGACAACCGGAACCGCUUGAUGGACCGGAACCACAGGUUCGAGAACCGCUUCGUGCUGCUACAAGAUGAAUCUCUCAUCAUCAGCACGGUUGCGGACCCGACGGAGGCAAAUGAGGAGCAGUGUGAUGUGGAUAUGGUGUAUGACAGAAACGAGCAUGCCCACGAGAAUCACUGGCACCGCGCCGGCAUGGUCAAGAACCCCGAGUUCUUGGACGAGAGACAGCUGCAGCAGCUGAUGGCGGACCCGCUGACCUCGAUCGCUCAGCACGAGCUGUUCAGGGAUGCGCCCUGGGAGGUCAUUCCCCUCGAGGAGGUCUUAUACUGUGAGAAGAGCCACGAUGGGUUCCACCUCCAUGUGGAUCAUGGAUUUGGGAACAUCAUCACGCUGGAGAUCAUCUCUCCCAAGAGCGCGUCCAAAACAGAUGCUGAUGAGGAGACCCUGAGGGUCUGGUAUGUGGGUCUUCGGGAGAAGCUGAUCGACCUGCGGCGGAGGUCAGCAGAUCGCCCGCCGGAGAAGUCUUGGAGCUUCCUCAAGGAGUGGGUGGCCUGGGCGCAGUUCCCAGUCACAUCCCUGGCAGGAGCGACGAUCCCUGACAUGGACCGGCCUGACCUGCAGCACCUGUACCCCUUGGCCUUCCUGAUGAGCAUGCUGUGGCUGGGGCUGCUGAGCUCCCUGGUGGUCACGGCCUGCGAUGGCAUCCACAACGCCUUCGACAUCCCGAACAACGUGCUGGGCUUCACCGUGGCAGCGGCCGGGACCUCCUUCCCCAACGUCUUCUCCGGGAUCUGCGUGGCGCGCCAGGGGAAGGCCGGCAUGGCUGUGGCGAAUGCCCUUGGCGCCAACGUCCAGAACGUUUUCCUGGCCCUGGCGAUUCCUUGGACCAUACAAUCAGUGUUCCUCGCGCAUGGCCCGUUUCCUUUGCACAUCCACGGGCUUGCGCCGGCGGUGAUUGAGAUCUUCAUCACCCUCAUGCCUUUGGCGCUCGGGCACAUCGAAAGGGCAGUCAGCAUGCCACAAGCAUCGUUAAUUGCACACCUGGUAAUGUUGGGAAGGACACGUGCCAGUCUUGUACUGUAA